UACACAUCCAGCACCCAACACUGACGGAAGAGAGCGUACGCAUCCCCGAAGUCUGGAGAUACGCCCUGCACGUGCGGCCUCUUCCGGCCAACAUGACACGUGACGACCACAGUGGCAGGCGCCUUGCGCGGGCGGAGGCACUGGCCCGCUACUAUGGCAACAAACACGGAAUCUUCUACGUGGACGCCUCCGACCCUCACCAUGGGGGGGGGGGGGGGGGGUGGUACACGGCCGCAGUCGUCCAUGAAAACGUCGCGGUGAAUGGCCUAACAUUCAGAGCUCAAGACAUAACACAUGCGGAGGAAGUCGCCAUCGCGCUAGCUGCCGCAGACCAGGACUCGCGCGUCAUCAUUACCGACUCGAGAGGGGCCUGCAGAAAUAUUGAACAGGGGUACAUUCCUCUCAUUGCGUCUCGCAUCCUUCAAAACAGUGACUACCUCGGGGCCCCCGCGUCUCGAACGAUCGUAUGGGCUCCUGCACAUAUAGGCCUCGAAGGCAACGAAACGGCAGACGCCGCUGCCCACGCUCUCAAUCUCCGGGCAACGCCUUCAGACCCUUCCGAAAUGGAUCCCGAACCCAAUCCAGCACUAACGUUUCGAGAAAUUACUCAACUAUAUCAAUUCGGCCACGCUAUUUAUCCUAAGCCCUGUAAGGGCCUUACAAAGGCAGAGGAACGUACAAUCCUCCGCCUUUACACCAAAACACUGCUGUGCCCGACAGUUUUAAAGCACUUUGAUCCUGCCUGUACAGCAAAAUGCCCGCACUGCGGGGAAAAGUCUUCGGACAUCUUCCACAUGGUGUGGGCAUGCCAAUCAACCCGGAACCUCACCCCAAAACCCAACCUCACCCGGGAGGACUGGGAGGCAGCCCUGCACGGCUGCUCCGACCUGGCGAGUCAGAAGGUCCUGGUCGACCAAGCACAAGCCGCGGCGGCCGCCAAUGGGCUUCUGUAA